UUAUUUUUCUCGAAUAUUAUGACAUGUAUAAAAAGCUUAUGAUUCUUGUUGCCUCUUUUAUCGAACUUCAUUCAACUUAUCUUUUUUUAUACCAUGAAAUCCAGUUUAAUUAUCAUUGCCUCAUCUGCCUUGUUAGCAGCUACUGUUAAUGCCGCCUCUAUUCCCAAACGUGCUGAAACUCCUUGUAAUAUCGAGGACUCACGUUACUUCAUCACACCUCUCCGUGUCUCUGGCGACAAAGCUGCUUCUUACUGCCAAACUCUCGGUGGUAAAUUAGUUGAUGUCGAUAGCAGAAAUUCCAUGGAUUUGACCGCCAUGGUCAAUAAAUGUUUGGCGUCGGCCGAAAGAAGUGUCCGUAUUCAAACUUGGGAAACAAAUAACUUUGGCACCAACCAUUUAGCCAUGGCCAAUGAAGUUGGUCCUCCAGCUGUCAAUGUAGCUCCUGCUGAGCAAGAACUGUACGCUUUGUGUGCUACUGUUGAAGCAAGUGAAGAAACUCCUGCUUCCGCUUCUGCCGAAGUUGCUAUUGCUGAUACCCCUCUUGCUGAAGCUGCUGCUGAAGUUGUUAUUGCUGAUACCCCUCUCGCUGAAGCUGAAGCUGCUGCUGUUGAUACUGCUUCUGCCUCUGCUAAUCCUUGGGCUGAAAAGGCUGAAGGUUCCCCUUGGGCUCAAUCUGCCAGUGCCCCUAUGGCUGAAGCUUCUGCCAAUCCUUGGGCUGAAAAGGCUGAGGUAGCCCCUUUGGUUGAACCUGCCAGUGCUCCCUUGGUUGACGGACCUGGAACUACUUUAGCUGCCGCUGCUCGUAAGUAG